UAACUAUAAAAAGCUCAUCGUGCAUCAUUUGUUCAUCUUUUUUUACCUCCUGCUUCUGACUGUUAAUCGAUGAACAAAAACGAUAAAAAAAUUUCGCUGAUUCUGCGGGGAUGCGCUUCAGCCAUCAUCAGAAAGGGGGCAAUGUUUACAAAGUUUUUCCGAUCAUUUUUCGAAAAAAAGAGUUCUAAAAACAUCUGUACCCAGUUGGAAAGCUGGCCUUUAGUUGGAUAGUUGCCCCGUGAACCGUUUCCGGUUGCCCCUGCGUUCGCUCGACGUCCGGUUCCGUUCACAUCGGUAUGAAUAAUAGUGUCCUGACCGUGUCCGUGCCGAACAACAAUCCAGCCUCGUACUGCCGAUUGUGCUUUUCGCAGGCUAAGGUGGUGCCCAUUUUCCCACUUGGAAGCAAUCACAAUCAGAAGUUGAUCGAUCAGGUAUUCCAGUGGACCGGCGUACAGAUUGACUAUCGGGAGGAUUUCGUGAGUGCCAUUUGCUGGAAAUGUUCGCUUACCUUGGAGGAAUUCCAACGUUUCUGUGAUCGUUGCAAGAAGAACGAUUCAAUCAUCAAAGGUCAUCGCAAUACACAGGUCGGUAGACCGGUCGACAAAACGGAACAUCACAAUCAUCAGCAGCAGCAACAGCAACAACAACAGCAACCUCAACAGCAUCCGCCUAAUCAUUCGCAUCAGCAACCACAGUCUUACCCAGUAUCAAAUCAGCCUCAAAUGGACGAUAGGCGUUUUGGAUAUCCGUUGUAUCCGUUCAUGCAACCUGGUUUGGGUUACGAUUUCCGCCUAGCAAAUGACGCUGUCCGUGAUCGUGGACCACCGGAACCUCAUGCUGUAAGAGAAGCACCGAUAAGACCGCCAGUCCGUACAUUUCACGAAUCGCAUCAGUCCAGUUCGGGACACACGGUAAAGCCUGAACCACGAAUCGACAUCGAUACGGAGUUCAAACAUGUAUUCCCAGUAGAAAGGUUGCCAGAAGAGUUGGUCAACAUGCUCGAUCUUCCGGCUAAUGCGCUGAAGCGAUCUAAUACCAGCACAAGUAAUGGCACCACCAGUAACAAUAGUGCGGCCCCAAGCAGUGCACCGGCAAACCCAAACCCAGACGGCACUCCGCCCAAACCACGAAGCAGCCAGUAUCAGAAGACGGUCGAAUCCGGUGGAGUAAAGUGCCCGAUCUGCAAAAAACCGUACACAACGGAUAAAAAUCUCAAAAAACACCUGCGCUUGCAUACGCUAUCGCUGCCCUUCAGCUGUGCUGAUUGCGGGGCCAAAUUCUCCGAACGUCGAGAUUACCAGAAGCAUCAGGAACGGUACCACGGGCCCAACGCAACUGCUUCUGCCGCUGAAAUUUUUCACUGCGACUACUGUGCCAGGGUGUUCACUCGUCAACGCGAUCUGACCAAGCAUUUGCGCCUGUUCCACGAACCGCCAGAAGCGGAAGAGACCAAACUGGAGAAACCGGCACCUCUCAAUGGUUGAGAAAAACAUAUUUUACUAUCGCAAUAUUUAGAACCCGUUCACAUGUGACGUAACGCGCGAUCGACUCUUUCGUUUUCAUUUCUAUCAUUCAUUUGAUAAAAUAUUCUUAUGCGAAUACCUCAUCUCACCUUAUCUUUGUGUAAGGAAUUGCAAGAAGAGACAAGGAAAAAUUUUCCCACUUAACAAUUGGAAUUUUUUUUAAAUAUUUUUUAAAGCAGUAUUUUACAGUACUUCAUACCGCAGCCCUACUGAUAAGCGUUCGCGAAGUUGAGUUACGUUGCUUGAGAACAGGUUCUCAUUUAUUAUACAUACAAAAAUAAGCUUAAUUGUGUAAUCCCACGCCCAGCAAAAUGGGCGCUCUAGAUCUAGGUGAACUGUAUGUACAACUUCGUACUGUGUAAUAAUAAUAAAAUUCCGCUGUGGAAAC